UUCAAACAUCAACCAAAUUGAUACCAAAAAAUAUAAAAUAAAUAAAAAAUUGAAAUUAAACGGUUCUUAACCCGUUCGGUAUUGUGUAACUGUUUUUGUUGCUUUUUUAACUGCCACCCACAAGUUGAAUGAACAUUGAAACGAAGAAAUCAAAAAAAAAUCGUUUAUCAUCCACAUUGUUUAUGAUUAUGUUUUUUUUUUUAAAUAAGCAUCAUUCGGAUCAUCCUUACAUUCAGCAAACAUCAUUUCUAAUGUUUUUUUUAAUAUGAUCAAUUAAUCAAUAGAAUUCGAUCAGAAUUAAUAGACCAAAGAAUCUCAAUUACCUCAUUUAUAUGAAAAUUAUUUUUCAAUCGAUCAACAAACAAAUAUCAUCUAUCUUUUACGUGGAUUAGAAAUUAUUUCCAAAAAAAAAAAACAAAAAAAUCAAUUAUAAGAAUUUGCAUUAAGCCUUAAUCGUUGUCUGAUUAUAUUUAGUUUUUGUUAUUUUCAUUUAUUGUCAAUAAAAAGUUAAAAUGGAUAUGGAUAAAAAAUCAUUGGAUAGUAUGAAUAGCCAAGAUGCAUCAAACGAUGAUUGUGAUUAUUCUACUGAAUUGAAUUUUGAAUUUGAUCAUGAUCCAUCGGUAUCACCAUUAGAUAUGAAACUUGUCUGUGAUUCAUUUAGACGUUCCAUUCGGGAUAAACCCGAAAUUGAUUUAUGCCUUUAUCUGCAAGCAUACACUGAAUUGAUCAAGUUCUUCAACAUGUUUGGAGCAUUGUUCACAUUUGUCACCAAAGAUGUACAUUCGAAAAUUGAAAUAUUAGAAUCAUAUGCAAAUGAUGAUAGUCAUGGUAGCCAUUAUCGUACAAUCGCUAUGAUGAUCGAAUUUGAACGUAGUCAGAAUCUAUUGAUUGACCAAAAACGUCCAUCCGGUUCGCGUACAUUAUUACGUUUACAUCGUGCAUUAGAAUUUAUAUCAAUAUUUUUGAUGGAAGUAACCAAAUUAGAAGAUGAUGCUAGUACAGUUUCGGCUGCACGUUUGGCAUAUAAUCAAACAUUGGCUAAAUAUCAUCCAUGGUAUGUGAGAAAAUCUGUACAAAUCGCAACUAUUUCAUUGCCAUAUCGCCGUAAUCUUGUCGAACGUGUUUAUGGUGGCCAUUAUCCAAUUGGUGGUACAAAAAAAGUUAAUGAUAAUAUGGCCUAUAUUGCUAAUAUUACCGAACAGGUAUUCAAAGCAACACAAAAAUUAUACGAAGAACAUGAACUUCUUGAUUUGCCAUAAAAAUUAAAAAAAAAUCAUCUCUGAUUAGGAAUUUAAAAAAAAAAUACAUUCUACAUAUUUUAAAUGUUGCACUGAUCUAUCAAUUAUGACGACGAUUUUCUUUAGGAAACAACACAAAAUAAAACAAUU